CUCAAAAAACAAAACAAAACAAAAAAAACCUGAGGAAGACAUGAUUUCAUGGGAGGUGGGAUCUGAGGGAAGUGAAGAGGAUAAACAUCCCUCUUCAGAUCCUGGAGAGGAGGGCAGGGCGGCAGAUGCCCCCAGAGAGGGGAAAGGAAUUUAGUGCCCUGGCUCAGUAGACCCUGUGUCUGCAGCCAGGAGAGGGUCCCGCGGUGCCCCCCGGCCAGCUCUGGAGGGUCCAGGAGAGGGUCCUGCGGUGCCCCCUGGCCAGCUCUGGAGGGUCCAGGAGAGGGUCCCGCGGUGCCCCCCAGCCAGCUCUGGAGGGUCUAGGUGCCUGGUGAGCUGGACUUGCCAGUGCCCAGUGCCUGCUCUGCCUCCCCACCUUCCUCUGUUUCUGCCUUGUGCCUUGGGGAAGCUCAGGCAGUCAGCUGCUUGCCUUGGUUUGGGGAGAAUUCGCUGUCUGAGGUUCUGCCUCAUGAAUUUGCUGCAGCAUGUGACCACAUUCAGGGGCUGGACAGAAAGGGCAGUGGUAUUGGCAGGACUGGGCCCGGCCAGGAAGGCACAGGAGGUGGCCGGGGGAGGGGAGCACGCCCUUCCCCUCCCUUCAGCACUGAAGCAGAAAGGUGACCACAAGGACCUUCUCCCGGGCGGCGUGUGCUUGGAGGUGCCGGUGGUUGUGGGUAGGAAACAGCCCAGCCUGGCCAGGUCUACCUGUGCAGUCUGGUUCCGGGAUCCUGGCCUGUGCAGGUUGCACAGAACUCUGGGUGUGUACUCCAGCCACCUGAGGACAAGUCUCCCUCUGGAAGGGACCCGAGGGCCAGAAUGCCAGCCCCCACCCACCUCCCAGCUCCCCAGCCUCCUGCAUGCCAGGGAGGACUCGGGAGGCCGUGGAUGUGGAAAGUCAGGGCCAGGGAUGCCACAGUUGCCCCUUGUUUCUGCCUGCCAGCAAUGCCAUGGCCUGCCCUGGGCCAAAAGGCACAUACAUCUGGCAUCUUAGAGAAGCUCCCUGGCCCGCACUGUCCCAGGGCCUUGGCCCUCCGGGGACUCCUGUCCGGUGGCCAUGCUCUACGGCCAGAAUGCCAGGGGAGGGGCCGCCUGCAGCUGCUGUUUUCCCCUCUGGGAAGGUCACACAGUCCGGCCUGUUUAUGCUGCAGCCAGGGGGCUGAAAGAGAGAGAGUCACGGGCUUCCCUGUGUGAGUGAGGCCGCGUGGAGGCAGUGAGUGAGCAGCCCGGGCCGGCAGGACAGGUUGACCCGCACGGAGGCGGAGGCAAGGGGGCUGUGGGAAGCACCCGAGGGCUGGGAGAGGGGCUUGCACUCCCACCUGUGAGUGUGGUGGUGAGUCAGGAAACACAGCGCCGGCUUCCUGCCUGGCAGCAGAGCUGGUCCUUCCCCUCCUGGGGUCCUUCCCCUCCGCCGGCCCUCGAGGCCCGCACUGGGGUGCUCUGUUCAGCACUCAGCCCGCACUCUGGCACCGCGGCUUCCGAACAGCCAUUAUGCGCAGCUGAGACCGGUGGAGGCAGGGAAGGGGGGGACAGAGUGAGUGAGUCGGGGAAUGUGGGGAGUGACCCAGAUGUCAGGAUGACCCACGGGAGUCCACAGGCAAAUGCAAGCCCAUCCGGUUCUGUGGCGCCGGAGUGUGGGGAGGUCAGCCGAAGGCAGCAGCAGGAGCUGCCCAACAUGUUCGGCGACCUUCGGUCCACGUUUAUUGCCUUGAUGAUUGGCUCCUACGCCUCCUCCGCAGUCACCUUUCCAGGAAUCAAGCUCAUCUAUGAUGCCGGUGUCUCCUUCAUCAUCAUCCUCGUGGUCUGGGCCGGCUGUUCCGGGCUGGUUUUCCUCAACUGCUUCUUUAACUGGCCCCUGGAGCCCUUCCCGGGGCCGGAGGACAUGGACUACUCGGUGAAGAUCAAGUUCAGCUGGCUGGGCUUUGACCACAAGAUCACAGGGAAGCAGUUCUACAAGCAGGUGACCACGGUGGGCCGGCGCCUGAGCGUGGGCAGCUCCAUGAGGAGUGCCAAGGAGCAGGUGGCGCUGCAGGAGGGCCACAAGCUGUGCCUGUCCACCGUCGACCUGGAGGUGAAGUGCCAGCCGGAUGCCGCAGCGGCCCCCUCCUUCAUGCACAGCGUGUUCAGCCCCAUCCUGCUGCUCAGCCUCGUCACCAUGUGCGUCACGCAGCUGCGGCUCAUCUUCUACAUGGGUGCCAUGAACAACAUCCUCAAGUUCCUGGUUAGCGGCGACCAGAAGACAGUUGGCCUCUACACCUCCAUCUUUGGCGUGCUCCAGCUGCUGUGCCUGCUGACGGCCCCCGUCAUCGGCUACAUCAUGGACUGGAGGCUGAAGGAGUGUGAAGACGCCUCCGAGGAGCCCGAGGAGAAAGACGCCAACCAAGGUGAGAAGAAAAAGAAGAAGCGGGACCGGCAGAUCCAGAAGAUCACCAAUGCCAUGCGGGCCUUCGCCUUCACCAACCUGCUGCUCGUGGGCUUUGGGGUGACCUGCCUCAUUCCCAACCUGCCUCUCCAGAUCCUCUCCUUCAUCCUGCACACAAUCGUGCGAGGAUUCAUCCACUCCGCUGUCGGGGGCCUGUACGCCGCCGUGUACCCCUCCACCCAGUUCGGCAGCCUCACAGGACUGCAGUCGCUGAUUAGUGCGCUCUUCGCCCUCCUGCAGCAGCCGCUGUUUCUGGCCAUGAUGGGUCCCCUCCAGGGAGACCCUCUGUGGGUGAACGUGGGGCUGCUCCUUCUCAGCCUGCUGGGCUUCUGCCUCCCGCUCUACCUGAUCUGCUACCGGCGCCAGCUGGAGCGGCAGCUGCAGCAGAGGCAGGAGGACGACAAACUCUUUCUGAAAAUCAACGGCUCGUCCAACCAGGAGGCCUUCGUGUAGCGGCUGCCACUUCGGAACUGCGGUCUCCUGCCUGUGCUUCAGUGACUGACCCCUGUCCUGCCCCUCCAGAGUACCCCACGCACCCCCAGGACCCUCGCCAUCUCCCUGCCAGAGUUCACGCUCCCUCCCGGGGCCCUGCCUCGGAGCUCUGUGGUGCAAGGACGGGAGAGGGCCCGGGACAUGCGAGUUUUCUCCUGCCGAACGCAGGGGCUGCCCUGACUUUGCUCUGCCGCGCCCCCCAAAGGACCCGGGGCCCGGGGUCUCCGCGGCGCCUGCAGGAGGAGCAAGGAACACCCGGCAGGCAGGCGCUCUCCCGCCAGUGUCUGGAUUCUGCCUCUUGCCAAAGCAGAGGGGGCUGCCGUCCCCUGCCUGCCACCUGCUCCUCGGCUGCAUGCCCACGGCCGUACCUGCCUGAGGACAAAGGCUUGCACUGUCUCGCCCGUGCCUGGCCCCCACCCCCUCCCCGGCCAGUCUGAGGCUGCCUGAGGAAGGAAGGACCCGCUUCCUGUUGUUGGUGCUAAUUCCUUUGUAAUUCCAGCGCCCUGUCGCCUGUCCAGGGCCUGUCCACCCCUUGGAGGCCAGUGGAGAAGCCCCACCUGGCUUACGCCUUGGGGAGGGUUUAGCGGGCUUGGUGGACAGGGGUCUCCCGUGGCCCCUCGCCUCCUCCCCCAGGGCCUAUGCCAGGGACACGUUUCCACUGUCACCCUCGCUCCUGUCGCCACCUGAAGGGAAUUUGAGGGCCGCUGCCAGGGCACCCCCUGCUUACACACAGCUGCUUUUGUGGGGGUGGACGAAAGGCUGUGGCCGGCGGACACGGAGGUCCAGGCCGGGGUGCGGACGUGGGUGGGUCCGAGGGGUGUGUGGGGUCAGGCGGGCUCUAGGAGUUAGCCCUUAUCCCCACCGAGCAGGCGGGAACCGCCAGGCCUGCAGCUGCGCCAGCGCCCAGGAGCCAUCCUGGCGUGGGGCCGGGAGCUUGUCCAAGGCCACAGGCCCACAGCACCCCCUGCUGGCGGGCUCCGCGGGGCCCUGGAGCUGAUGAGGGGGGAGGCGUCCGCCUGGCCCACCAACCCACCCACCUUGACUGCCCCCAGAAGUGUGUCUUGAGACCUCCUGGGCGUGCUUAGAGGGGUGAGUUGAUGUUUGCAUUUUUAGUUAUUUUCUCUUCAGUUUUAUUAGACUUCUUUUUUAUAAAGCAAUAAAUCCAUUUUCCUCCUGGUAAGGGAUGCCCCUUCUGGCA